UCACGCCCUCACACGGGAUGAUAGUUUAAUUGGAUUCGGGUUUAAGUGAUAAUUAUUUUUAUUCUAGUUUUGUAAUGAAAAUAUUUUAUUAUGUUAAACUACCAAUAAGAUACUAUUUAAAUAACGUGAACGUUCGUAGUGUUCGCUCCAUUACACAAACGGAUUAUGACCACCUAUACUCCAGAAAGAAGAAUUGAAGAAUGAGCAUAUACAUAUAAUCUGUUUGAGUAAUAUGAUGACAGUGACCCACUGCAUGAAGGUACAUAUUGGCACCCUUCUAGAAGUUGCACUGGGUACAUCUGAAAAGAAAGUUAAAACUGUGCUUUCCUGAUGAGAUCUACACUUGCUACUUUUCUAUGCAGGUAGCACACAAGAAUACUUUUUGUCAGUUUCAAAUCUGGAUCUCUAAAUUUGAUGCAGAGUGCUGCAGUGUCCUUUAACUUUGCAUCAUAUAUGUCACUAAAGUUGUAUAAAUGGAUUCUACAAUUCUAAAGCAAAGAAUGAUGAUGGAUCAGUUUUUGAGACUUUGUUUUUCAAGUCUUUGAUUUGCCUAGAAGUUCAAGCAUUUUUUUCUUUGCUUCAUUAUUUCUAGUGGAAAGGUUUUUGUUCUUUGUCUCCUGAUGGACAUUAAUGUGUAAGCUUUUUCACCUUCUCUGGAUAUUCUAUACUUUUUUGACCUCCAUUCCAUCGCAGGACUCAAAAUGAAGUCUGUGGCAUUAAUUGGCAUCAUGUGGUUAUUGCUUCUUCGGUCAGCCACACAGAGCAUUGCUAAGAAUACUAGCACCAGAAGAACUGUCUCAACUACAACAGAAAAAAUGCUUAUUAUUAAUGAAGUCAAUGCAGAUAAUCCAGGAAUAGACACUUCUGAGUUUUUGGAACUUUAUCACACUAGUCGGCAAAAUGUCAGUUUAGACAGUUUUGCUGUUGUCUUUUAUAAUGGUAAUAACAAUAGGGCUUACAUGGUGGUUAAUCUAACUGGGUAUAGGACUAAUAAUGAAGGAUUUUUUCUCAUGGGGUCGUCAUCUGUGUUGCCCCGUCCAGAUAUCAUCCUUCCAAAUAAUACCAUUCAGAAUGGUCCUGAUGCUAUUGCUGUCUAUCAUGGAGAAAGCCCAUAUCUGGACAUGAAGGUUACACGUAAAGGGCUCAUUGAUGCACUAGUAUACAAGUCAAAAAAGACUGACACAGCAUAUGGUCUGUUGACUAGUCUGACAUCAUGGAAAGAAGCAUUUUUAGAGGACCCUUUUUUUUGGGCAGAUGAUGAGUCUAUGGAACGGUGUCCGAAUUUGGACACAGAGUGGGAAUUCCAAGUUGGCAGGCCUUCUCCAGGAAAAAAUAAUUUUUGCAACUCUUCUGAAGUCGUUCAUGUGCCUAUUGCUUUGAUCAAUGAAGUCAGUACUGCGUUGUCAAAAAACUUCGAAUUUGUGGAACUUUUGGGGAGGCCAAAUAAUAUAUUGGAUGGUUUGGUUUUAGUAUUGUUUGAUGGAGCUUCAAGCAAAGUAUAUCUUUCAAUGAACAUAAAAGGGAAAACAACUUCUGAUGGGUUUUUCCUUAUUGGAAAUGGUGAUAACAGCACAGUUGAUCAGAUGUUCCCUGUGAAUGCUACAUAUCCUGUCCUGAGGCGUGGUCCUUUUGCUGUUGCUUUGUAUCGUGGAAAUGCUAGCAACUUCCCAUCAGGAGCAUCUGUUACAGCCACUGCCCUGAUUGAUGCUGUGGUUUAUACAACUGAGGGGGACCCAGACAAAGAACUUCUGAAGAUUCUGAUUCCGGAGGAUAGGAUGACCUUUGUUCAAAAUGAAAGCAUUGGUACUUCCUUAAGUAGAUGCAGCUGCUGUACUGCUGUCCGGAACCCCAGCGUGUUUAUUAUUGGACCUUCCACUCCACGGAUGACUAAUGACUGUCCAUUAAAGAAAUUCAGUCUGAAGAUAGCUGUGUGCAUCCACAUACCAGACUGCUCCAAAUUGUCAUGGUCUGCACUGACAGACAUGGCAGCUUCACUCACCCAGCUGUUUGCAAAGUUUUGUGGGUCUGGCAUCACAGCAGCAUAUAUAAUGGACCCAACUAUUGGAUGUAAUGGUUCAUGGGCACGGUAUGAAGCCUUAUUGGCUGCCAGAUCAUCUUCUCAGUUGAAUCAACUUAUGGAAGAGUACAGCAGAAAUGUGAAGAGUACACGGACUGUGAUGCUGAACAACAGAAGCAUUGCAUUGGACCCUUCCUGCAGUACAGCAUAUGAAACCACUGGGAGUUCACUUCUUCCAACAUUAAGCACGCCAGGACAGAAGAGGGAAACUACUAAAGAACCAACCCAAGCAACUUCUCACAGUUAUGCUGAUGUUCUUAUUAAUGAGUUAAAUGCAGAUAACCCUGGAUCCCAAGAAGAUCUAGAGUACAUUGAACUUUUCCACGUGAAAGGUGGUUCCUUCCCCCUGGAUGGUUACUGGCUGGUUCUCUACAAUGGAAAGAACAAUGAAGCUUACAAGGUUCUGGAUCUCAAGGGCUACCAUACGAAUGAGGCUGGUUACUUUUUGGUGGGAAGUACCAUGGUGACACCCAAACCCCAACUGAUUCUCCCUGUAAACACCAUCCAGAAUGGUGCAGAUGCUGUGGCACUGUAUUUCAGCAAAGAUCGUGUGUAUAAGGGAGGGAUGCAAGUGACAACUCAGGGGAUGGUGGAUGUACUAGUGUACAAGAUCCGAGCGUCAGAUCGGGCUGAUCAGCUGCUGCAAGUACUGACACCUGGACAACAGAUGAUUCUAAAAGAUACAGGGUUCAGUCUUGGAGAUGAGUCACUCAGUCGCUGUAACAGCUUGAUUCCCAAAGACCAGCGCAGCUUCCAGACAAACUGGAAACUACUCUUCUAUUGAGAUGACUGAUCCGAGAGAGGCUGCAGAGGAGUUUUGAAACCAUUGAAUUCCUCAUGAAGUUUGCCUUGCACUACCUUGUGAUACUACCACUGUCCUAUUUUAUGCUGUAGCCUCCUUGUAGCAUUUUGAGUGUUUAAGGAGAAAACAUUUCCCAGAGGCAUGACACCUUAUUCAGCGAGUGAAAAAUGCAACUGUCUGACUUAAGUUUAGUUUUUAUGUGCACAUUUCCACUAUGCAGUUUCAUUUUGGAAUUCCUGUUAACGGUUAUGUAUGGAAUUGCUGUGCCUUGCAGUUAUGCCUUAAGAGAAUUAUAGUUUAUUUUAAUAAUACAAAGUGAGAGUUUACUUUAAAUACUUUUGAUGAAGGUUUGAAGGUAAAGGUUUUGGAGAGAUUAGGUAUUGGUUAGACAGAACUUAAAAAAUAUGAAUCUGUAUUAUUUACUUGUUAAUGGAUUAAUGCAAAGAGUUUUGCCGAAUAGUACUUUCCAUGCUUGACAGCUUUAAGGCAGUUAAGACAACUGCUGCCAAAAACAGAAAUACAAGACUUUUAUUGGAAAUAUGCAGUUCCUAAUAGAGGACAGAAUGAAGGAGGGUUGUUAAACUGUACACAAUGAAAAAGGAUUGCAAAGACGACUUGUAUUGCUUUUAUCAUCUCAUUUUGAAUGUAAAUUACAGGAGUAAUAUGUUACAGUCCUGCAUGCUGACAAGGUAUUUGCGUAGAUGAGAAUCACUCAAAAAUCAGUUUGGAAGGCAUUCUGUUUGUUGCAGUGAAUCUAGUGUUCUUUUCUGAUGUUGGUCCCUAGCUGCCAUGGCUCCACCCAUUUUUAUAGAAAUAUUCAGUAAAUUGAGUUACUAAUCCAAGAAGGAAAAUCCGUGAUUUGUACUUGAUUAGUAACGUCAGGAAAUUGAAGAAAACAGCAUAAUGGUAGGUCCCAAGUUAACUGCAUUCUUUAAUCAUUCGAUAGUUUUGAAUCAUUGUGAUGUACCGUUAUUAUCCAGGUUCUAGCUUUUAUCCUGAAAUAACAAGUUGGGACUCUGAGCUUAGCUGCUGCUGUAAAUGGAAGCCUGAUUCCACUCCCCCCAGCACACGCACACACAGACUAUUUUAGCCAUUGAAAAGCCUAGCACGAAUGUGUGUAAUUGCUGUGAGGUAUACAUAUACUUCAGGAAACUAAAAGAUCCUUUUUAUUUUGAAAAAUAUUCAACAACAAAACAUUGUGAGAACUGCAUUGGAUGUAACUUUCUAUUUAAAAAUUAACCAAGCAGAGAAAUUCAUACUGAUUUUUAACCAGAAAAAAUGUAUAGUGAUGUCAGCAGUUUACAUAUGAACAUUUUAACACUGCCUAUAGAUUUUAACAAUGUAGAUAGUUUUAAUUCCUAGUUGAGCCAUAUUAGGUCACUUUAGAGCCACAGGCUUCAGACCUCUAAACCAUUUGUAAAAUGUGUGAGAUGGUGAAAGGUAAGAAACUAGCAUAAAGGAAGUCAGCCUUCAUGAUGCAACUUGGGCUAAUUUUUGGCAUUCUUCUGGCAUGUUGUAAAACCUGUCUUAAAAUCAGCAUCCAAAAAGUAUCUCUCUGUUAUUGGGAAGUGAUAUAAUCUAGCAACCUUGAGUUGCAAAUAUUCUGCCAAGACCACUCACCAAUUCCAGCAGAAACAUAAUGUGGAUAUUUAUUGUGCAACAGUAAUGGCUGAGGUUUGUAAUCAGAAAAGCUUGCUUUGAAGCUGGAACAUUUCUAAAUGCUUCCUGUUUAGCUUGCAUAUCAUUGCACUAUUACUGCAAUAAAUGGAAUCCAGUCACUCUGCAUAACACAUUACGUCUGCUGACAACCCCCUUGUUUGGGACCUAGUAAGAAAAGGUUAUGCAUACUAGCCAGUUGUAGCUUUGUUUCUUUGUAAUCUGUCACAAAAUAAGCAGAUAGUGUCUGUAAUGGUCUUAUUCAGUGAUGCAUAUUAAAUUUGUUUUUCCUUGGUUUUAUGCUGAGGUUUAUGCUGCGUCAUAGUAGCAGCUUUCUUCAGCUAGAUAAAUAGCCUCCGUUGUAUGAGUUUUUUGGGGGCAGGGGCUUGUUGUCUUGUUCAUAUACUGCAUUUGUUCCCCUUGUUCAUAUAGUGUAUUGAGUAUAUGAAGUGGAACACUUGUCAGAUGCAGGAGGGGGCAUUGACUGCCUGGAUUUGUGUGGGAAAUAUCAGUUUCCUGUAUCACAACGCACUGCAGUUUCCCCAUUUGUUCCCUGCAUCCCAUUUGCCUUCAUGUGAAUUCCAGAUAAUGGGAAGUCCUAGCUCUGCACACAGUAGCAAGUGUCUAUUAAUGACCUGUACUUCAUUUUAAUUGAGUUAUUGCCUUUGUUCAUGUUUGCUGAAUACACAUAUGCAGAAGGACAUUCAGAAGAUACCACUAUACUGUUCCUGUCAUGCUGGCACUUUGGUAAAAACCUAGGUCGACAUUUAUUUCAUGCUACCUACCUCUUACUGCUAAAGAGCUCAACAAUAUAUAUACUGUUCAUGACUUAUUUUUUCUUUUGAAUACAUUUUAAUAAACUGAUUUAUUUUCA